AUGGCAUCCGAGACCUCAGCGUCGCAACCGAGCACCCCGGCACCCGACAAGCCGCGCACCGUCCUGGCCUGUGUCUUCUGCCACCAGCGCAAGAUCAAGUGUGACCGCAAGUCUCCCUGCGCCAACUGCAUCAAGUCUGAUCAGCCGUGUGUCCCGUCGACGCGAGCGCCCCCCGGUGCCGGGAGACGGCGCGUCGUGAAGGACUUGCUCGAUAGGUUGCACCAGUGCGAGAGUCUCUUGAGCCAGGUAGCACCCCACGAUGCCGAGAGGGGCGGCCGUCCCGUCUACCCCGGCACGCCGGGAUCGACGACAGCGGCGGCGGCGUCGGCACCGAGCCCGGCCAUGUCCUGGGUGAGCUACGAGGAAGCCCGGAAGCAGCCCAGUUCCAGACCCGGCGGCAAGAUCGUGUGCGAUGAGGGCCGCGCCACCUUUAUGGAAAGCCCGCUUCGGGGGAAUGUCCUUGACCACUUCUCAAAAUUGAGCCUCGAUGACAAGGACAACGAACGCUCGACGAACCCGUCCGCGUCCUGCAGCACCUCCGAGCGAGGCGAGCCGGCGCACCAAAAGUCCAUGGACUUUGACCUGCUGGCGCUGGGGCCCGUCGAGGUCCUCAGGCUGUGGCAGGUGUUCCUGGAACGCGUCAACCCCAUGGUCAAGAUCGUCCACGUCCCCAGCCUGGAGCCGCUGGUCUUCGAGGCCGCGACGGACCGCUUCAACCUCAGCCCCGACUUCGAGGCCCUGCUGUGCUCCAUCAACGUGGUCGCCAUCAUGGCCCUCUCGGACGCCGAGGCGGUCCAGAUGCUCAACGUCGAGAAGAGCAAGGCGCUGCGCAACUCCAUGUUUGCGCUGAAGAAGGCCCUCGCCAAGCUCGACUUCAUGAGGAGAUACAACAUCACAAUAUUACAGUGUUUGGUCUUGUACUUGGUCUCCCUUCAGGGGCAGUUCGACCGGCACGCGGCGUGGAUCCUGACCGGGACACUGGUCAGGAUAGCCCAGCGGAUGGGCCUCCACCGCGAUGGCGAGUUCAUCGGGCUAUCGCCGUUCGAAACGGAAAUCAGGCGGCGGAUCUGGUGGCAGAUCAUCAUGCUGGAGACCAAGUACGCCAUCCUCGCCGGCUUCUGCGACACUCUUCUACCGCCCAACUGGGACACGAAACUGCCCUCCAACGUCAACGACGUCGACCUUUUGCCGGGCUCCUCGGAGCCAGUCAAGUCGCGCGAGGGGGCCACCGAGAUGGCCUUCUGCCUGAUGCUCUACGAGUCCCGCGUCUUCUUCUGCGAGAACCCGGCCCCCGACUUCGAGGCCGUCAUCCUCGGCGGCGGCACCGUGAGCACCGAACGCUCCAAGCGGUUCGCGGGGCAGCCCCUCGAGAAGUACCGGCAGCUGGUCGACCAGUACGAGGAGCGGCUGGUGGCCGCCGAGAGACGAUACACGAACGCAAGCGCCGGCGGCAUCCACCUCAUCGCCAGCAAGAUCCGGUCCCUGACGGCGCAGCGGAUGCGCGACAUGAUCCUCCACGCGCGCGAACCAUGGGACGAUAUCGACAACGCUGACGCCGGCAGCAGCAGCGGCAGCGGCAGUCAGCAGUCCUUCUUCCGGGCCUGGGUCAUCUCCUUUGAAAGCGACGUCAACUGGUACGACGCCAUCGACGAGCGCUUCACGUGGUACCUCAAGCUGCACUUCCAGGCCGACGCCUUCUCCGUCAUGAUCGAGCUGCUCCAGUGGCAGCCCGUCGGCACGCUCGUCGACCGGGCGUGGAGGGCCGUCGACCGGCUGUACCACCACCACCGCGAGCUGUACGACGUCGGGAAGAGGGAGAACCUGCAGCGGGCCGAGAACCUGCUCGCCGGCUGGGGCCGGCGCGAGCUGGCGUUCCGCAACCUGGGCAUCUCGUGCGACACGCCCUUCGUCGUCGCGAGGCUGCGGACGUUCGAGGCGUUCCGACAGCACCAGGCGGGCCUGCCGCCGCUCGAGCAGUGGCCGCCGGCGACGGGGUCCGACGACGGCGCCGCCAUGUUCUCGUACGCGAACAUCUCCGACUUUGAGACUUUUGAUGGCGGGUUGCCUCCGGGUUCGGGCGGCGCCUCAGCUUUUGGGCAUUUGGGUAGCACGGCGCCGGGACAGCAUGCUCUUUGA